ACUUUAAAUUCUAGUAAAAAUGGCAGACACACUUAUCGGAAUUAAAGGGCCAGAUUUUGUCGCAAUAGCCUGCGAUACCUACGAAAAAUACUCAAUAAUCACCAUCAAAAAUGAUGAUGAAAGUAAAAUUAUGAAAAUAGGAGACUCAAAAGUCAUGAUGCUAGCUGGUCCACUAGGAGAUCGAUCGCAGUUUUCGAAGAUGAUUAAAGCCACUUUGGAUUAUCACAAAUACAAAAAUUCAAAAGAACUUUCAACCAAUGCCGCUGCACAUUUCGUAAGACUUGAGCUGGCAGAAUACCUAAGACAGAGUCCGUAUCAAGUUGAUAUGCUCAUCGCAGGAAUAGAUCAGGAUGGACCUAAACUUUUCUGGAUUGACUACUUGGCUAGCUGCACUCAGGCAGAUACAGCCGUACAUGGUUACGGUGGAUUCCUACUUAGAGGGUUACUAGACAAGGAAUACAAACCUAACAUGACGAGAGAAGAGGCUAUAGCAUUGCUGAAGAAGUGUAGACAUGAAGUGCAAAACCGUUUCCUUAUUUCGCAGUCCAACUUUGCCGCAAAAAUCAUAGACAAGGAUGGUGUACAUGAUGUUGAUAUCAAGGAUGAUGAUGUGCCAGAAGCAUUCACUUCUAAACAUCAUACAGCCUACAUGCCUAUAGAUGUGACCAUGCAAUAGGACACACU